UUUUACUUUCUCGGGUCUUUGUGGCGCAGCUGAGAUUCUCCGUGAAAUCCUCCAUCUAAAGGUAAAAAAGCCGUUUUCAUUUGGUUUAAUUCAUCAGACUGAGGGUCCUGAACAAUCCAAAACCAGGACGGAGGAGAAGUUGUCCAACAGAACCAGAGAGGAGGACAUGAGGGAACAAAGACCAGAACUAUCUGUUGCUGUGAACGAGGUGAAGGUAGAAAGUGUGUGUGAGCUGAUUUGAAUCCAGCAUCAUGGAUCAGGACAGAGAGGAGGGAGUCCCUCCCUCUAAAACCACUCAGAGGAACCAGCCUGGACCUGGACCUGAACCUGGACCUGAACCCAGCUGUGUGUCCAUGAAGAGUGACUGGUCGAUGGGACGUUUAAUUGGUUUCCAUCAAAGUCGUGGAUCUAUCAGACAGAACGUUAAGAGACUUAAAACUGGACCUGAACCCAGAUGUGUCUCCAUGAAGAGCGACCGGUCGAUGGUUCAACCUCCUGAUCUAAGAUCAGACCAGCAGAAUCAACCUGGACCUGAACCUGAACCUGAGCCCAGCUGUUUGUCCUUUAAGAGUGACUGGUCCAAGGAACUUCCUCUUAAUUUUAAAUCAGAGCCACAGAGGAAUCAACCUGGACCUGGACCUGGACCCAGUUGUUUGUCCUUUAAGAGCGACCGGUCGAAGGAUGAUCCUCCUGAUUUUAAAUCAGUGCCACAGAGAGUGGACCAGCAGAGCUCAGAGCUUCCCAGUGGUCAGUCUGCCCAGCAGCAUCAAACACAGCUGGACUCCAUAUUUAUGCUGCUGGAGGACAACAUGAUCACUUUCAUGAAGAAGGAGCUGAAGAAGUUCCAGAAGCUUCUGAGUCCAGAUUACCCAGAAUGCUCAGUGUUGGAGGGUGAGGAUGAGGAGCAGAGGAAGAGCAGCAGAGAGGCGUUAGUGAAGAUCACAGUGGACUUCCUGAGGAGGAUGAAGCAGGAGGAGCUGGCUGAGCGUCUGCAGAGCAAGUAUUUUGCUCCAGUUUGUCAACGUAAACUAAAAUGUGGUCUGAAGAAGAAGUUCCAGUGUGUGUUUGAGGGGAUUGCUAAAGCAGGAAACCCAACCCUUCUGAACCAGAUCUACACAGAGCUCUACAUCACAGAGGGAGGGACUGCAGAGGUCAAUGAUGAACAUGAGGUCAGACAGAUUGAAACAGCAUCCAGGAAACCAGACAGACCAGAAACAACCAUCAGACAAGAAGACAUCUUUAAACUCCCACCUGGAAGAGAUGAACCAAUCAGAACAGUGAUGACAAAGGGAGUGGCUGGCAUUGGGAAAACUGUCUUAACACAGAAGUUCACUCUGGACUGGGCUGAAGACAAAGCCCACCAGGACAUCCAGUUGACAUUUCCACUGACUUUCAGAGAGCUGAAUGUGCUGAAAGAGAAAAAGUUCAGCUUGGUGGAACUUGUUCAUCACUUCUUUACUGAAACCAAAGAAGCAGGAAUCUGCAGCUUUGAAGAGUUCCAGGUUGUCUUCAUCUUGGACGGUCUGGAUGAGAGUCGACUUCCUCUGGACUUCCACAACAAUGAGACCCUGACUGAUGUUACAGAGUCCACCUCAGUGGAUGUGCUGCUGACUAACCUCAUCAGGGGGAAACUGCUUCCCUCUGCUCGCCUCUGGAUAACCACACGACCUGCAGCAGCCAAUCAGAUCCCUCCUGACUGUGUUGGCAUGGUGACAGAGGUCAGAGGGUUCACUGACCCACAGAAGGAGGAGUACUUCAGGAAGAGGUUCAGAGAUGAGGAGCAGGCCAGCAGGAUCAUCUCCCACAUGAAGACAUCACGAAGCCUCCACAUCAUGUGCCACAUCCCAGUCUUCUGCUGGAUCACUGCUACAGUUCUGGAGGAUGUGCUGGAAACCAGAGAGGGAGGAGAGCUGCCCAAGACCCUGACUGAGAUGUACAUCCACUUCCUGGUGGUCCAGACCAAAGUCAAGAAGGUCAAGUAUGAUGGAGGAGCUGAGACAGAUCCACACUGGAGUCCAGAGAGCAGGAAGAUGAUUGAGUCUCUGGGAAAACUGGCUUUUGAUCAGCUGCAGAAAGGAAACCUGAUCUUCUAUGAAUCAGACCUGACAGAGUGUGGCAUCGAUAUCACAGCAGCCUCAGUUUACUCAGGAGUGUUCACACAGAUCUUUAAAGAGGAGAGAGGACUGUACCAGGAGAAGGUGUUCAGCUUCGUCCAUCUGAGUGUUCAGGAGUUUCUGGCUGCUCUUCAUGUCCGUCUGACCUUCAUCAAGUCUGGAAUCAACCUGAUGGAAGAUAAACAAACAGUUUCUGUUUAUUUAAAUGACCCAGACCUACAUCUCCAUCAGAGAGCUGUGGACGAGGCCUUAAAAAGUUCAAAUGGACACCUGGACUUGUUCCUCCGCUUCCUCCUGGGUCUUUCACUGCAGACCAAUCAGAGUCUCCUACGAGGCCUGAUGACACAGACAGGAAGUAGCUCACAGACCAAUCAGGAAACAGUUCACUACAUCAAGGAGAAGAUCAGUAGAAAUGUGUCUGCAGAGAGAAGCAUCAAUCUGUUCCACUGUCUGAAUGAACUGAAUGAUGGUUCUUUAGAGGAGGAGAUCCAUCAGUUCCUGAGAUCAGGACGUCUCUCCACAGAUAAACUGUCUCCUGCUCAGUGGUCAGCUCUGGUCUUCAUCUUACUGUCAUCAGAAGAAGAUCUGGAGGUGUUUGACCUGCAGAAAUACUCUCCUUCAGAGGAGGUUCUUCUGAGGCUGCUGCCAGUGGUCAAAGCCUCCAGCAAAGCUCUGCUGAGUGUGUGUGGUCUCUCAGAGAGAAGCUGUGGACCUCUGUCCUCAGUUCUCUGCUCCCAGUCCUCCAGUCUGACAGAACUGGACCUGGGUAACAACGACCUGCAGGACUCAGGAAUCAAGAAGCUGUGUGAUGGACUGAAGAGUCCAGACUGCAAAUUGGAAACUCUCAGGCUGAGUGCGUGUGGUCUCUCAGAGACAAGCUGUGGACCUCUGUCCUCAGUCCUCAGCUCCCAGUCCUCCAGUCUGACAGAACUGGACCUGAGUAACAACGACCUGCAGGACUCAGGACUGAAGAAGCUGUGUGGUGGACUGAAGAGUCCAGACUGCAAACUGGAAACUCUCAGGGUGGAGCCUGCUGGAGAACCAUGGUUGAGACCAGGAGGUCUGAGGAAGUAUUCCUGUCCACUCACCAUCCACAUGAACACAGUGAACAGAAACCUCAAACUGUCUAACAAGAACAGGAAGGUGACACGUGUGAAGGCGUGUCAGUCAUAUCCUGAUCAUCCAGACAGAUUUGAUGAUGACUGGUGUCCUCAGCUGCUGUGUGAAAAUGUUCUGACUGGUCGCUGCUACUGGGAGGUCGAGUGGAGAGGAGACAUUUUUAUAUCUGUGAGUUACAGAGAAGUCAGAAGGAGAGGAGACGCCAGAGACUGUUUCUUUGGAAUCAAUGAUCAGUCCUGGAGUCUGAGAUGCUCUGAUUAUGUAGGUUACUCUGUCUGUCACAAUAACAGAGAAACACGCAUCUCCUCCUCCUCCUCCUCCUCUGUCUCUAACAGAGUAGCAGUGUAUGUGGACUGUCCUGCUGGCUCUCUGUCCUUCUACAGAGUCUCCUCUGACUCACUGAUCCACCUCCACACCUUCAUCACCACAUUCACUCAUCCUCUCUAUGCUGGAUUUGGGAUCUGGUCCAGGUUUGGUUCCUGGUUUUCUCUGUGUUGAGUGUAAAGAGUGUGAUGGUAGCAGAGAAACUCUGACUGGUGAACAGAUAGUUCAGUCUGUACAUGUCUGUCUCUUUCACUCAGAAACAUCUUUUCAGAUUCAUGGAUUCAAUCAGUU